AACAGUCCAUCAGAUUAAAGUUAUAAAGCAGAUGUGCUAAUAAACUCUUGUCUUUUCUCACUGGAGAUCGAAUUUAACUGAACACGUAUGGCUCCUCCUCUUCCUUUGAUAUUUCUGCUCAUGAUUCCAGCAGGGGUUUAUAGUGAUGAUCGGGGUGUGAGUUACACGUCUAAAUACAUCUGUGCACUAAAGGGCUCAUCAGUGAUAAUGUCCUGCACUUAUAAAUACCCUCCUGAAUAUAAGAUCAAGAAAGUGUUCUGGACCAAAUUUAUCGAAAAGGGUGUAGAGUAUCCAGAUCUGUUUAAUGACCCUGAAUACAGUCAGAGGAUUCAGUAUCUGGGAGAUAAACAGCAGAACUGCACCAUCAGACUGAAUGAUGUGACACAGAAGGAUUCACACGAGUACUAUUUCAGAUUCAUUACUGAUAAAACCGAUGGAAGAUGGAUUGGUUAUCCUGGAGUGACUCUUGAUAUCACAGAUCUUCAUGUGGAGUCUCCUGAGAGCGUGACAGAGGGAGAUACAGUCAGUCUGACAUGUAAAAGCACCUGUAAUCUGACUGACAGAGCAACAUUCAUCUGGUUGAAAAACACACAGUCAUUAACUGAGAGAAACAAUAAACUCCUCCUGCAGUCAGUCAGAAGAGAGGAUGCAGGCAGAUAUAGCUGUGCUGUACACGGACACAAACUCACAUCACCUCAUGUUUAUCUCAAUGUUAGAUAUUCUCCAAAGAAUGUGUCAGUGUCCAUCAGUGGAUCUGGUGAAAUAUUUUUGGGUGAUUCAGUGAAUCUGACCUGCAGCAGUGAUUCAAACCCACCUGUUCUGAACUACACCUGGUUUAAGGAGAAUGAAAGCUCAGCUGUUGGAUCUGGACAGAGUUACAGUGCACUACAGAGUGGAUUCUUCUACUGUGUGGCUCAGAAUCAACAUGGAUCUCAGAGAUCAGCUGCUGUAUCAGUGACAGUCCAUCAUAGAUCUGGUUGGUAUAUAAUGUUGGGGAUCGUGAUGGGAUGUGGUGGAACAAUAUUCAUAAUCAUCAUUAUCAUCAUCGUCCUGUUUAUAAUUAAGAGAGAAAGGAAGAAAAGAAGAUCUGCUAUGAAGGAGAAUGAGCAUUCGGUGUUGAGGUUCUACAUUAAAAAAACUGCUGAUCGCAGUGAUGACACAUACACAACUCUUGAUCUCAAGAACAGAUCUUCUGAUGAUGUGUACAACACAAUCACAACUGAUGAUCACAGAUAUACUGAAGACACAUACACAGCUCUUGUUCCUCAGUCCAGAUCUUCUGAAUAUGAAACUCUUUCAGUGUCACAAUUUCACAUCUUCUCAAUACUGUUAAUAAACAACAAAACCGUCCUGAUCAUUACCCAACAGGAAGAUGGUGCAGUAAGUGGCGGAGCACAACCAAUCAAAUCCUUUCAUCACUUCCCUGGUAUGGCUCCUCCUCUUCCUUUGAUAUUUCUGCUCAUGAUUCCAGCAGGGGUUUAUAGUGAUGAUUGGGGUGUGAGUUACACGUCUAAAUACAUCUGUGCACUAAAGGGGUCAUCAGUGAUAAUGUCCUGCACUUAUAAAUACCCUCCUGAAUAUAAGAUCAAGAAAGUGUUCUGGACCAAAUUUAUCGAAAAGGGUGUAGAGCCUCCAGAUCUUUUUAAUGACUCUGAAUACAGUCAGAGGAUUCAGUAUCUGGGAGAUAAACAGCAGAACUGCACCAUCAGACUGAAUGAUGUGACACAGAAGGAUUCACACAAGUACUAUUUCAGAUUCAUUACUGAUAAAACCGGUGGAAGAUGGAUUGGCUACCCUGGAGUGAAUCUAGAUAUCACAGAUCUUCAUGUGGAGUCUCCUGAGAUCGUGACAGAGGGAGAUACAGUCAGUCUGACAUGUAAAAGCACCUGUAAUCUGACUGACAGAGCAACAUUCAUCUGGUUGAAAAACACACAGUCAUUAACUGAGAGAAACAAUAAACUCCUCCUGCAGUCAGUCAGAAGAGAGGAUGCAGGCAGAUAUAGCUGUGCUGUACACGGACACAAACUCACAUCACCUCAUGUUUAUCUCAAUGUUAGAUAUUCUCCAAAGACUGUCUCAGUGUCCAUGAGUGGAUCUGGUGAAAUAGUUUUGGGUGAUUCAGUGACUCUGACCUGCAGCAGUGAUUCAAACCCACCUGUUCUGAACUACACCUGGUUUAAGGAGAAUACAACUGUAGGGUCUGGAGAAAUAUAUAGUAUCACAAGUAUCCACUCUGAUGACAGUGGAGAAUACAAGUGCAUGUCCAGAAAUGAAGUUGGAGAGAAAUACUCUGAUACUGUCACUUUAAAUGUCAUGUACGCCCCUAAGACUGUCUCAGUGUCCAUGAGUGGAUCAGGUGAAAUAGUUUUGGGUGAUUCAGUGACUCUGACCUGCAGCAGUGAUUCAAACCCACCUGUUCUGAACUACACCUGGUUUAAGGAGAAUGAAACCUCAUCUGUUGGAUCUGGACAGAGUUACAGUGCACUACAGAGUGGAUUCUUCUACUGUGUGGCUCAGAAUCAACAUGGAUCUCAGAGAUCAGCUGCUGUAUCAGUGACAGUCCGUUAUAGAUUUGGUUGGCAUGUUGUGUUGGGGAUCACAGUGGGGUGUGGAGGAUUACUCAUCAUCAUCAUCAUCAUCAUCAUCAUCAUUCUGUUUAAAAUGAAAAAGCGUGCAGGUGUUAAAAAUGAGAACCUCUCAGUAAAUCAGGAUCGUAUCUAUUCUGAUGUGAUAGAGAGAGUUUCAGUCCAUGAUGCUCCUCUUUCUGAAAGUGAAACAGCUGAUCACAAUGAUGCUCAGUACUCCAGUAUUACACCGAAGAGACUCAGAGGAAAUCUGACCGCUGGAAAAACUCUUGAAUCCACUGCAGAGAUUGAGUAUGCAACUGUCCAACAUCACAAAAACAAAAAGAUGAAAAGAACAGAAGAACAUGAAUCCCAGAAUGACAGGCGAUCAGACAUGCUGACUGUUGAAGAGGCCUCAGUGAUCUACAGCAGUGUUAGAUGAUCAAUAAUGAUCCAUGGAGUUUAUUGAUUCUCUGCACCUUUAUCAACAUAUUCAAUAACUCAAGUCUGAUUUAUUCUCUUUUUGUAUUUUAGCAUGAUGGUCAAUGUAUGCUGGACUAAUGUAGGCCCUAAAGUGUGUUUCUCUAUUUGCUUUAUUUGGUAAAUAUUUAAAGUUUGGUUAUUAAAAUCUGUCUCUGAUUUCUAUUUGUUAAUUGUAAUCUGAUUUUAAUCUACAGUACUUUGGUGUACAAUGUUUUCCAAGUAUUUUUAGUCACCCCACUCAGGGUGUAAAUCUGGAAAACUGUAUCACAGAUUUUAGUGAAUGAAUGUAGGGCUAUUUACUUAGUAUAAACAGGCAAUUUUAACUCUUAAAAGUAAUAAUAUAUUAAUAAUGAAACAACAGAUAGUCGGAGAAACACUAAUCUGUGAUAUCUGUACUGUGUAUCAAUAUUAAAAGUACAUUUUAUUUGACUAUGUUUUUUUAUUUAUUUUUUUUACAACAAGGUUACACUCAACAACAACAACAACAACAACAACAACAAAAUUGCAUAUUUUUUAGAUUUACACAUUUCAAUUUCUUAAUACAUUUCCAUGUAAUUGAAUUGUGUAAUCUUUAACUAAAUUUAUUUAAUAAAACUUCAAUUUAAUUCAAUUUAGGCCCACCCAAAUUAGACCCCGACCCGCCUAGAAUAUUAGGGAUUAUUCUUUGGUUUAAUAUACUGUAUAUAUAUAUAUAAAACAGUUUUAAAAAUGUAUAAAUUCUGAUUUCUGAAAGUGUGUAAGGACUGUUUGAAUCUGCCACUUCUCUGUUGUUA